AGCGCAACAUUCCAGCAUAGUUUAGUUGAAAGUUGUACUGUGAAGUGUGUACAGCGCGUUGUAACCCUUGUGAUAGUUGUUAUAUUUUUUUUUCUUUUCGCUGUGUUUCUGCGUUCAUGGCUGUGUACUAUCGAGCUGCACGGAGAACUGUAUUGAAAUUCACAAAGAUGUUAACUGUCUGGAAUGCGUGAAGAUCGUCCUGAAGAAAAAUUCAUAUAACUCUCGAGGAUAUUGAGGGAUGUUGCUUGAAGCAAUGUGAUAUACGCGCGAAUAUAUAAAUAUAAUUGUUUAUUAUAUUAAAAGCAAUAAGUAACGAUGGGUUUGCCGAUCUAUUUGCUGGCUGCUAUCACAGCUUUGGGAACGGUGAAUGCUUUGGAAGGGCCAAACAUAUGCACUAGGCAAGAAACGUACACGGUAACGGUGAGAAUAUCGGAGCAGAAACCUUACACUGUACGAGAGAACACCUGGUGCUUCAGUUUUCCGCCAAGAUGCUCUAAAUACAAGGUGGUAUUCAAGACGAUGUACAAAGAACAGGAAUUAUCAAAACAAAGACCAGUGGAAGAAUGUUGCAAAGGCUACACGGAGACCAAUGAUGGCAAUCGUUGCAUUCCUAUCUGUUCCAAGGACUGUGUCCAUGGAACUUGCAUCGCACCAGACGUCUGCAAGUGUGAAUCAGGAUACGGGGGCCCGUUAUGCGAUUACAAAUGUCCACCUGGAAAAUGGGGUAAAUCUUGCGAAAUGGAUUGUAUGUGCCAGAAUGGAGCAACUUGUGAUCCAUUCGACGGCAAAUGCUUGUGUACCAGAGGUUGGACCGGUAUAUACUGCAGUCAGGAAUGUCCUCCUGACCGAUACGGACAAGAUUGUGGCGAGGAGUGUCGUUGCAGGAACGGUGGAAGUUGUCAUCAUAUCUCUGGCGAGUGCCAUUGUGCGCCUGGCUACACAGGACCACUUUGCGAUGAUUUCUGUCCACCUGGAAAACACGGCGAUGAGUGUAAAUCAGAGUGCAAGUGUCAGAAUGGUGGUUCUUGUAAUCCUACAACUGGCGAAUGCUAUUGUACACAUGGAUGGACUGGUUCAGUCUGUGCGAACCGGUGUCCAGAAAGUUUCUGGGGUAAAAACUGUUCUCAAGAGUGCGAUUGUUACAACGGAGCUGGCUGCCAUCACAUCACUGGAGAAUGUGAAUGUAAACCUGGCUAUUAUGAUGAAAAGUGCUUAAAAAUAUGUCCUGAAGGAACAUUCGGUUUGAAUUGUACAAAUAACUGUACCUGCGAAAAUAGUGCAAUUUGUUCUCCAAUCGAUGGAACUUGUACCUGUAAUCCCGGAUGGAUGGGUAAAAAGUGCAACAAGCGUGUUUGUUCGGAUAAAUUGUGGGGACCCAACUGUGCAAAAGUUUGCGAUUGUGAGAAUAACAAUACAGAAAUAUGUCAUCCUUGGACUGGAAAAUGCAUUUGUAAACCAGGAUGGGAUGGUGAUACCUGUACCAGACCUUGUCCACUUUAUAUGUAUGGGAAAGGCUGUCAAAACCAUUGUAAUUGCAAGAACAACGCGCAAUGUUCGCCCGUAAAUGGAACUUGCAUUUGUGCAGCAGGAUACAGAGGUGAUGAUUGUAGCGAAAUAUGUCCUGACAAUACUUACGGCGAAAGCUGUACGCAAAAGUGUAUUUGUAAGAAUGGUGCUACUUGUUCACCCGAGAAUGGCCGAUGCAAUUGUACAGCAGGAUGGGUUGGUGUUUCAUGUGAUCGUCCCUGCGACGACAAGUCUUUCGGCAAGGACUGCGAGGGCAAAUGCAAAUGCUUUAACAAUGCUGCCUGCAAUCCACAAAAUGGCACAUGCACGUGUGCAGCUGGCUUCACUGGCGAAUUUUGCCAAGAUCAUUGCGAAAAAGGAUUUUUCGGCUUGGGAUGUACUCAGGCCUGCGAUUGUCACGAAGAGAAUAGUUUAGGUUGUGAUCCUGCCAUUGGUCGUUGCAUCUGUAAGCCAGAAUGGCGAGGAAUCCGUUGUGAGACCAAGUGUCCAGAAGGCCUGUAUGGUGAUGACUGCCAUUCACAAUGUGAAUGUAUGAACAAUAGUUCAUGCGAUCCGCAAACAGGCAUUUGCAUUUGUGCUAGAGGCUGGGAAGGAGCUGACUGUUCUCAACCCUGUAAAGAGGGGUGGUAUGGUGUGCGUUGUAAGGAAAAGUGUCCAGAAAAAAUGCAAGGAAACAUGACGUGUGAUCAUGUAACUGGUGAAUAUGUUUGUCGACCUGGAUACUUAGGUUUAACGUGCGAGCAUCCUUGUCCACCUAAUCGUUAUGGAUUAAAUUGUGCUAAUCACUGUCGUUGCAAAAAUGGUGGCGAGUGUCAUCAUGUUACAGGCGUAUGCCAAUGCCGACCCGGUUGGCAAGGUGAAUUUUGCCAAACACCUUGCAUGGAAGGAACAUAUGGUAUGAAUUGUAGUCAACAUUGUACAUGUCAGAAUGGAGGAAAAUGCAGAUCUAAUGAUGGUCAUUGCCGUUGUGCACCUGGUUGGACUGGCACCAAAUGCACCGAAAUUUGCCCGGAAGGAUAUUAUGGUGAUCAUUGUAUGGAACCAUGUGACUGUAAGAACGAUUUCUAUAUAUGUCAUCCUGUUGAUGGUUGUAUUUGCAGACAUGGAUACACAGGUCCAAAUUGUGACGAAGAAUUGUUUUCGCGUAACAUUCAGGAGAAAGAUGAAACUGGCUAUGGCAGUAUAGUAGCAGGAUUUUUAUUUGCUGCAAUUGUUGUUAUUGCAAUAACAUUCGCAGGAUGGGUAUAUCAUCGGCGUAGAGUAGCAGAUUUAAAGAACGAAAUUGCGCAAGUGCAAUAUAUCGCCGAACCUCCUUCUCCUCCAGAACAAACUCAGUUUGAUAAUCCCGUGUACGCCUAUCAAGGCUCUUCGAAAUUCGAUGAUGGAACAACUACUUUACUGAAUAACUUCCAAUUCAGAAAUAAUCUUGGGACAAGUAAAAAGAUAAACAAUGAGAAAGCUAAAUUGGGAAUGAACAAUUGUACAGAUGAUGAAGACGAUUGUAAAGGAUCUUAUAAUCGAUAUGAUCUAAAGAACAGGGAUGCAGAUAUGGGAAAUCCAAAUCUUAAUGUAUAUCAUAGCAUCGACGAAAUGGAUGGGAAAAAGAUCGAACACGUUUACGAUGAAAUUAAGCAAAAUAAUGACGAAUCAGAAUACGACCAGUUAGAUCAUCCAAGACCAGUUAGUAGUUAUAAGCAGUACAAUCGAAUGGCGAAUGGUUUCUGUUCGAAAUCAUCAGAUAAUGCAGGACCUAGUAGUUUGAAAGAUCCAGAACUUGGUGAAAUGUAAAUUUUUCUUAGAUCUCAGAUUGAAUUAUGCAGGUUAAAAAUUUAAAUAUAUGUCUUCAAUGUAACUUAAAAAAAAAAAACAGAUUUUAAAAAUUUUUACUUUAAAUAAGUAGUUUAGACUCUUUUAAAAUUUUUUACGUUUUAUUAAUCUGAGUCUUGAGAAUAUCUUCAGAAAAUCUUAAAAAAUAAUAAAAACAUAAGUAUUUUCAUUAAGAAAAUGUAUUCUGAUUGCUCAGUAUAUGCAUGUACAUAGUUAAAUGAUAAUGCAGCGAAUAGUUAAAUGGAUAUUUUAUUUAUAAAAUUGUAUACUCAUAGUGAUUUAUCCUAAACGUGUUAAACUGUCUCUUUUUGUGAUGAUGUUUAUUAAUGUUUUAUAUAAUAGAAUAUCUGAUGCAAUAUUAUUAAAAGCAAUAAUAAU